AUGUAUUUACGACGAAGCGCAUUUAUAAAAUACCUGUUAGCAAUAUCUGUGGGGGGUGCUUUUUUUAGUGAAUGGUUUGUUUAUAUUAUACAACCACUUUUCUGGACGAAGCUAAAAUGUGAAGAUCAAUCGUGUACAAAAAUAUUAUUUAUCGCAGAUCCACAAAUACAGGGUGAUUUAGCAGUUCCAUCUCCAUUUAACUACAUUUUUAACUGGGAUAGCGACAGGUAUUUAAAGUCUACAUAUUCAGUAGUAGAAAAACAUUUCCAGCCAGAUGUACUGGUGUAUCUCGGAGAUCUUAUGGAUGAAGGCAGUAUAUCCACUAGGGCUCAGUUUCAUAAUUAUGUAAAAAGGUUAUCUAAUAUAUUUGAUCCACAUUACCCUGUUGUGCAAGUCUGGAUACCAGGAGAUAAUGAUAUAGGGGGUGAAAAUGAGCCUAUAAGGCAUGAUAAAAUUGAAGAAUUUAAGACUGUAUUUUCACAGCCAUCUGUAAUAGUGUUUCAAAAUAUUUCUUUUUACAAAGUAAAUGCAAUCACUUAUGCAGUACCACAACCACUUGAUGAUGGUGAUUUAAACUUUAAAAUUGGUAUUUCACAUUAUCCUGUAUUGGAAAGAUCAGUUUAUGCUAAACAGGUGAUAAAUUCCAUACAUCCUGAUAUAUUUUUCUGUGCUCAUGAACAUAAGUCAAAAUAUGUUAAACAAAGAAGAGAUUACGAAUCAAAGGAGAUACAUUUACUCCAGUAUGGAGAUCCACCUUUAACAAUUAGCAUUGACGAUGAAUGGUUGUAUGAAGUUUAUGUGCCUACAUGCUCAUACAGAAUGGGGACCAGCAAGAUUGGCUUUGGUGCAGCAAUCAUAGAAAACAAUCAGCACUUAAAAUACACUGUGUUUUGGUCUCCCAGCAGAUUCCCUUAUUUAUUUUUCUAUUUAUUUAUGCUCAUUGUAGUUAUAGGUUACACAUUACUAUGUUGUUUCUUGAGAAUAUUGUCAAUAUUAACUCACAGAAUAAAGACUGAAGAUAUGCAAUUUUUACUACAACAAUCAUAG